GCUUGCCGUAGCUGCUGUAGCUGUCACUGUGGAUCAUGCUGACCCUGCUCCGCUGCCGGGGGUCUCUCACCCGCUGCCCCUGGAGGGUGAGGGCUGCCUCGGGGCUGACCAGCAGCCAUGAGAGCUCCGGCCAGAGGAAAUACCGGGACACGGUGCUGCUCCCAACCACAGCCUUCCCGGCCAGGAGGGACCCAGGCAGCGAGCUGAGAGUGCAAGAGGAAAGUAAGUUUUUAGAAUUGUACAACUGGCAAAAAGCAAGAAAAACAAAGAAGGAAUUUAGCCUUCAUGAUGGACCCCCUUAUGCCAAUGGUGACCCUCAUGUCGGCCAUGCCCUUAAUAAGAUUUUGAAGGAUAUAACCAAUCGUUUUCACAUGAUGAGAGGCUAUAAGGUGAGCUACGUGCCUGGCUGGGACUGCCAUGGCCUACCUAUUGAACUGAGAGCUCUGGCAGAGUUAGGAGAGGAAGCUGAAAAUCUUUCUGCACUGGAAAUCCGAAGUAAAGCUAGGGUGUUUGCAGAGAAGGCAAUUGAAAAGCAGAAAUCGUCUUUCAUUCGCUGGGGGAUAAUGGCAGACUGGGAGAAAUGUUACUAUACGUUUGAUCCGAAGUAUGAAGCAAAGCAAUUGGAUGUGUUCUACAAAAUGUACGACAAGGGUCUCAUAUACCAGGAUUACAAACCCGUCUUUUGGUCGCCUUCAACAAGAACAGCUCUGGCCGAGGCAGAAUUGGAGUACAAUCCUCAGCAUGUCAGCCGCUCCAUUUUUGCAAAGUUUCCCGUGCAGCAGCCUCCUCCCAAGCUGGCAUCGAUGAUAGAUGGAUCCACAGUAGUCUCUGCCCUGGUUUGGACAACGCAGCCCUGGACCAUCCCUGCCAAUCAAGCUGUCUGCUACAUGCCAGAUACAGAAUAUUCGUUGGUGAAGUGCGGAAACACAGGAGAGCAGUACAUCAUUGCAGCUGAUAGGAUUGAUUCUACAGCACUUUCCCUGGACACCAAACUUGAGGUUAUUUCAACAUUUAAAGGAGCAGAUCUAGAGAAUGGUGUCUGUAGCCACCCGACAAUUCCUGAGCGUUCAUCACCUCUCUUGCCUGCAAACCAUGUGACUAUGGCAAAAGGUACUGGCCUAGUACACACUGCUCCAGCCCAUGGCAUUGACGAUUACAGUGUUGCGUCUCAUCACAAGUUAUCAGUAGAUUGUUUGGUGGAUGAAACAGGACGGUUCACUGUUGGAGCAGGAACUGAGCUAGAGAACAAAGCUGUGCUCAGUGAUGGAAAUGAGACUGUCAUAAAGAUGUUAAAUGGCUCCAAAAAUCUGUUGAAAGAGGAGGAAUUUGUACACAGUUACCCGUAUGACUGGAGAACCAAGAAACCUGUGAUCAUUCGAGCCAGCAAGCAAUGGUUUGUCAAUACAGAAAACAUUAAAGACAAAGCACAGGAGGCUCUGAAAAAGGUGAAAUUUGUUCCUGCGUCUGCUGCCAACAGAAUAUUAGAGAUGCUAGAUCGUCGAACGUAUUGGUGUAUAUCAAGGCAAAGGAGCUGGGGUGUCCCUAUCCCGGCAUUUUACCAUAAGGAGACUGGAGAGCCACUGAUUAACAGAAACAGUGUUGAACAUAUUAUUAAGCUGGUGGAGCAGCACGGCAGCAAUGUAUGGUGGACACAUCCUUUAGAAGACUUACUCCCUCAAUCUGUCCUUAAACAGGUUGGUGGAAGUGCUGCCGUGACGGAUUUUGAGCCAGGACGAGAUGUUUUAGACAUCUGGUUUGACAGCGGUACUUCUUGGGCCCAUGUUUUGGAAGACGCGGAGCAGAGAGCGGAUGUGUACAUGGAAGGCAAAGACCAAUUGGGAGGCUGGUUUCAGUCAUCCCUACUCACCAGUAUUGCUGCCAGGAAUAAAGCACCAUAUAGAAAUAUUGUUGUCCACGGCUUUACGUUAAGUGAAAAGGGGGAAAAGAUGUCCAAAUCUGUUGGAAAUGUGGUGGAUCCUGAUGUUGUGAUCAACGGAGGAGCAGACAAACUUAAGGAACCUGCAUAUGGAGCAGAUGUCCUUCGUUGGUGGGUGGCAGAGUCCAAUGUGUUUACUGAAGUGAUGAUAGGACCAGGCGUGCUUAAUUCGGCACAGGACGACAUCAACAAACUGCGGAACGUGUUGCGGUUCAUGUUGGGUAAUCUAAAUGGGUUCACUCCAGAGACGGACUCUGUGCCAAGCACCAAGAUGUAUGUGAUAGACCAGUAUAUGCUGCACUUACUGCAAGACUAUUCCAGCAAGGUUUCUGAGGCGUACAAAGGGUAUGAUUUUGGGAAAGUUAUUCGUCUACUGGAAGCCUUAAUCACAAGAGAUUUAUCAAGCUUCUAUUUCAGUAUAAUUAAGGACAGGCUUUAUUGUGAGGAAGAAAAAGAUCUGAAGAGGCGCUCUUGCCAAACUGCGUUAUCAGAAGCGGUGGACCUAGUAGUACGUUCAUUUGCCCCAAUUCUUCCACAUUUGGCAGAAGAGGUCUUCCAGUAUCUUCCAUACAAACAAGGAUCAGAGGGAGUUUUCCGCACAGGCUGGAUUAAAUCUGACUCUGUAUGGAAGAAGCCAGGGUUGGUGGAAGCAAUUGAGGCUGCUUGUUCAAUCAGAGAUGCCUUUCUAGGGUCGAUACCAGGCAAGAACGCAGCAGAGUAUGACAUCACCAUUGUCAUAGAACCAGGUCUUUUGUUUGAGCUAAUGGAGACCCUGCAGCCUGAAGAGACAUCCAGUACUUCUCAACUCAAUGAGUUGUUGAUGUCUUCUCACACCUCACUGGUGACCGAGAUGCCACUUGAUCAAGCACCAGGAGCCUCUGUAAUUGAAGGUUCAUUUCUAAUCAAUUUGGAAGGUGGAGAUAUACGUGAAGAAGAGUCUUAUAAAGUUAUUAUUCAGCAAAGUACCAAAGAACGCUGCCCACGCUGCAAGAAAUUCACCACCACCUCCGCAUUAUCUCCUUGCCCCCGGUGUCUGGAAGCCAUUGCAGGGAAAUGGAGCCAGUAGCCUGACUAGCUGUUUCUACAUGUGUAUACCAAGUGUGCCAAGAUUAAAUUACUUGGAUAAAAGUGCAUUGGAAAAGAUGUAUAGCUACUGCUUGGGGUCAGCAACUUUUGAAGGGACAGAUGGGCUACAUGCUCAGUACAGACUUAAGACACAUGGCAUCAACGUUCCAAAAAUGUAAUUUUGAAUAAUUUUAAAAAACAGCCAUACAUCUUCAAUAAUAUGUUGCAUUUCUUGAUUUGGGCAGUAUUGAAUGAGAAAACAAAACAAAAAACAAACACCUUUUUUCCUGAUAAGAAUCAAGCUCUUUUAUGCACAGGAUAUUCUGAAAGAGGUGUCUGCUAUUUAAUUGGAAAUAUUAUCAGGGGGAAGGGGGAGGGGGGGAGAGUUACUCAAAGAUUAGAGCAGUGACAAUGUUAUGCUCCACUGCUAGAGAAGUAAUGGCAGGUUUGUAAUAUAUACCAUAAUACACUUCCAGUCUUCACUCUGUGUGUACAUAUUAAAAUAUUAAUAGUUUGGAGAAAGUUUGCACGUGGGGAAUACCUUUAUUCUUUUGAAAGGUUUGAAUGAUGGGAAAUGUUUUUUUUUACACUAAAAACUGAAUAAAGGAUUUAUUUCUGAAUGUAGGAAUUUCUUGCUUUUAUUAAAUGGAACAUCCAAACAAA